AUGCACGGGCGCCUCCGGCGCCUGGAGGCGUCGGGAAAGCCAGUUGCGUGCGCUGAUUCGCUAACCCCUCUUGCUAUCCCUCCCUUUCGUCCGACCUGUCUCGUGGCGGGGGGGGGGGCGCUGGCGAUGCCCGAGUGGCGGGAGCAGCUGCAGAAAAAGCUGUCGGACACGGCACAGCCGAGUAUCAAGAUGAGUUUCGAGGCGGCCAGCGGGCCAGACUUUCGAGAUCCGUUGUUCCGAGACGUCCUCAAGGCCAUGUGCAAGAUGAACGGGUGCAAGACGGUCGUGACGCAAACGUGCGCAACGUACGACGAAAUGCGGCCCAGCAGCGGGUUCACGCGGCUGUUGCUCCACGAUGCUCCCAAGGACCUGGAGAAGGUGAAGGGUCCAAAGAAAAAGAGGCCCAAGGCCUCGAAGGGUCCCGAGAAGCCCGGGCGAGGCGCCUCCGAGCAGCCGCCACGCCGGCCCGAUAAAAAGGCGGCUGGGAAGACCCGCGCACGGUCUCGGCCUUCGAAGCCCACGCAACGAUAUCAGUGCUGGGUGCUGCAGUGA